AUGAUGGAUUUUGAUGAGCGUGUUCCUUGUUCCUCUAACAUGUAUUUGCCAAGUUGUACUUACUACGUCUCGGGUCCUGAUUUUUCCAGCCUCCCUUCUUUUUUGCCCCAAACCCCCUCUUCUCGCCCUAUGACAUACUCCUACUCCUCCAACCUACCCCAGGUCCAACCUGUGAGAGAAGUUACCUUCAGGGAAUAUGCCAUUGAUCCCUCCAGUAAAUGGCACCCCAGGAACAAUCUGCCCCACUGCUACUCCGCAGAGGAGAUCAUGCACAGAGACUGCCUGCCUGCCACCAACACUGCUAGCAUGGGCGAGAUGUUCGGCAAAAACACAGCUAACGUCUACCACCCCAGCACCAACGUCUCCUCCAAUUUCUAUAGCACGGUGGGCAGGAACGGGGUCCUGCCCCAGGCUUUCGACCAAUUUUUCGAGACGGCUUAUGGCACGGCGGAAAACCUGGCCUCGGCGGACUACCCGGUAGACAAGAGUGGCGAGAAGGCGCCCGCGGCCGCCGGGGCGGCGGCGGCGGCAACUUCAAGUUCGGAGGGCGGCUGCGGCAGGGCGGCGGCGGCGGCGGCGGAGAAGGAGAGGAGGAGGCGGCCGGAGAGCAGCAGCAGCCCCGAGUCAUCUUCCGGCAACAAUGAGGAGAAAUCCGGCAGUUCCAGUGGACAACGUACGCGUAAAAAGAGAUGCCCAUACACCAAAUACCAGAUUAGAGAGUUAGAAAGGGAGUUCUUCUUCAGUGUCUACAUAAACAAAGAGAAACGCCUCCAGCUCUCCCGAAUGCUCAAUCUGACCGACCGUCAAGUCAAAAUAUGGUUUCAGAACAGAAGAAUGAAAGAAAAAAAAAUUAACAGGGACCGAUUACAAUAUUACUCAGCUAAUCCACUACUUUAA